AGCCCAUGCAGGCUAUAGUGUACAUCGCAUCAGACCCUAGCAGGAGGGCGGACGAUCUGCCUCCGAAAACCUAACCAUAGCGCCGUCUGAGGUGAAGGCUUGGAUUCAUAAUCUUUAUAUCUUUAUCCCGAACGCAAAAACCAUAGCAGGGAAAAAACCCCCAAAUCCCCCAACGCCAAGGUUGGUUGUACUGAGGCUUAUUUGCAUUUUGUUUCGAAGCGAAAAAUCGAAGCUUGAUUUGGAAGAGAUGGGGUAUAUUGGGGCACAUGGUGUGGCUGCUUUGCAUAAAUACAAGUACAGUGGCGUGGAUCACUCUUACACUGCCAAAUAUAUCUUGCAACCCUUUUGGAGUAGCUUCGUUAAAAUCUUUCCCCUUUGGAUGCCGCCCAACAUGAUAACUCUAACAGGAUUCAUGUUCUUGCUCACAUCCGCUCUGCUUGGCUAUAUAUAUUCACCACGACUGGAUUCAGCUCCUCCUAGAUGGGUUAAUUUCGCUCAUGGAUUGCUACUUUUCUUAUACCAGACGUUUGAUGCCGUUGAUGGGAAACAAGCAAGACGGACAAAUUCCUCAAGUCCACUGGGGGAACUUUUUGACCAUGGUUGUGAUGCCCUUGCCUGCGCGUUUGAAGCAUUGGCCUUUGGAAGUACCGCGAUGUGUGGAAGAUCUACUUUCUGGUUCUGGGUGAUUUCAGCUGUUCCAUUUUACUUUGCUACUUGGGAGUCUUACUUUACUAAUACCCUAAUCCUUCCUGCUGUUAAUGGGCCCACGGAAGGUCUAAUGCUUAUAUAUUUGGCCCAUUUUUUCACAGCUAUCGUUGGUUCUGAGUGGUGGGAUCUACAAUUUGGAAAGUGUUUGCCUUUUCUGAGUUGGGUCCCCAUUCUUAGUGAAAUCCCAACAUACAAAGCUGUGUUGUAUCUAAUGAUAGCUUUUGCUGUCAUCCCAACACUCACAUUCAAUGUAUCCAAUGUUCAUAAGGUUGUUCAAGCAAGGAAAGCAAGUAUGCUAUUGGCACUGGCAAUGAUUUACCCUUUUGUAGUCCUUUUGGUAGGAGUUUUGGCAUGGGGUUACUUGUCACCAGCUGACAUUAUGGGGAACUAUCCACAUUUAAUCGUUUUGGGAAGUGGGCUUGCUUUUGGGUACCUUGUGGGAAGAUUGAUUCUUGCGCACUUGUGUGAUGAGCCAAAGGGUUUGAAAACUGGAAUGUGCAUGUCAUUGUUGUAUCUUCCAUUUGCCAUUGCAAAUGCACUCACAGCUAAACUGAACGAUGGAGUUCCUUUGGUUGAUGAGAGCUUGGUUCUUCUUGGUUACUGUGCAUUUACAGGGACACUCUAUCUUCACUUUGCAACGUCAGUCAUUCACAAGAUCACAACAGCCUUGGGAAUCUAUUGCUUUAGGAUAACUAGGAAGGAAGCUUGAGUGACAUUGCAUCAAUAAAUAGAACAUUAGAAAUAUUGACAUUGCAACCAUUUUCUCCCUUCUCUACAUCUUUUCCAAUUUUUGUUUCAGCUCUGCGGGCUAAGUCGAGAAUGAUGCAGUUCGAGCGAGUUUUCUCGUCAGUAUAAUUUUGUUUUAAGAUGAGUGAAGAGUGAUUAAAAUCCAUUUCCAUUCAUUCUUGCUGUUGUAUAAGAUUUUGUUUUGUUUCUUUCCGACGAGAGUUACCGAUUUAGGCAUAUUUUCUCUUCCCUUUGAUGCAUCA